GGUGUGGAGGAAGGAACAAGAGCUCCUCCCAGUGGUCCUGGGCAGGAAGACGGUGACGUCAGUUGGAGUGGUCCUGCUCUUAGUUCGGGUUACAAUAUUAACUGUGUGUGUGUGUGUGAGAGAGAGAGAGAGGGAGAGAGAGCGAGCAAGAGUGUGUGUGUGUGUGUGUUGGCCAUCAGCGGGCAGAGUGCGAGGAGUGGAGGAAAAGCGUGUUUACACAGACGGCCGCGCGCCUGGGGAAUAAUGCGCGAGGGGAAGUGAGCCGGCUCUCUGUCUGCCUGCUCGAACUUCCUGCUCGGAGCAAAGAGAGAAAAAAAAAAACACACACACACACAUCGAGAAAAAAAAUCAGGAUCCCAUUACAGUCGUACUGAGCCGAGGAGACGACAGUAAGCAUGGAAAAACAGGGCAUUUUACGGAAUACUUUUCAAUAAUUCUUGACCAGGAAAAACACAUUUACGGACCGGCCAUGGAGAGCGCCAUCACCCUGUGGCAGUUCCUGCUUCAGCUGCUGCUGGACCAGAGCCACAAGCACCUGAUCAGCUGGACCUCCAACGACGGCGAGUUCAAGCUGCUCAGGUCUGAGGAGGUGGCCAAGCUGUGGGGGCUCCGCAAGAACAAGACCAACAUGAACUACGACAAGCUCAGCCGCGCGCUGCGCUACUACUACGACAAGAACAUCAUCAAGAAGGUGAUUGGGCAGAAGUUUGUGUACAAGUUUGUGUCGUUCCCUGACAUCCUGAAGAUGGACCCUCAGGCGGUGGAGCUUGGCAGAGACGGGGGCGUGUCUCUUCUCCAGGAGGUGGAGUCAGAUGGGGGAGAAGGGGAGGAGCCUCUGAGAAACCCCGCCCACAGGAACGAGUACCUGCACUCCGGCCUCUACUCCUCCUUCACCGUCAGCUCUCUCCAGGCCCCGCCCCCUCACAUGCGGCCAAUCAAAGUGGAGACACAGAGGGGGGCGGAGCGGGUGGAGGCGGAAGGGGGCCGGACCGUCAUCCGAUUCGUCAACCGGCAGGAGAGAGGCGGGGCUCAGACUGUGGUGUCCCUCCCCUCCUCUCCUCCUCCCGCCUGCUCCUCCGCUGACGUCUUCUUCUCCUCCUCCUCCAAGCCCUCUCCUCGCUCCCCCUCCUUCUCCUCCCGCUCCCCAUCCCCCUCCCCCUCGCACAGUCCGGCCUAUCAGCUGCAUCAGGGGCGGAGCCCCGAGGCUGAGAUGGACGAAUCAGAGCAAAAUGCUCAGCCCCUCAACCUCUCCUCCAAUCACAGGGAGCGUGCUCAGCUUCAGGCUCCGCCCAAUGGACUUCCACCCAAAACCAGGAAGCCCAGAGGCCUGGAAAUCUCCUCCCCCUCCAUCCUAUUGGCUGGAAGUGACAUAGGCUCCAUCGCCCUGAAUAGCCCCGCCCUCCCCUCAGGGUCGCUCACUCCAGCUUUCUUUGCACAGACUCCCUCAGGGCUGUUGUUGGCCCCCAGUCCCCUCCUCUCCUCCAUCCACUUCUGGAGCAGUCUGAGUCCCGUGGCCCCCCUCAGCCCCGCCAGACUACAGGGACACAGCUCCCUCUUCCAGUUCCCCACUCUGCUCCACGGCCCGCUCCCGGUCCCUCUGUCCAGCCUGGACGUCCCGUCCUCCAUGUCUCCCCUGCUCCUGUCCUCCAGCGCUCAGAAGUCCUGAACCGAACCGAACCGCAGCGCAGCGCACACAAGAACCAAACUACACCGGGACCACACCGGGCCAGAGUCCAAAUUCAUGACCCAUUUGGGGGAUCCUGAUUGGUUCUCUUCACCACCCCUUCAUUGUAACAAGGAAAAAAAGUUUUAAAAAAAAUGUAGUCUCUGCAAAGUCAUCUCAGGAGGUUGAGAAGGUAGGUAACUAGAAGGUAGCUAUGCUAAAUCAGCCAGUGUGGGGGCGUCUUGCAUUCUCUCUGGGCUGCUGUGCCAAGAUGAGUUACUGAAACAUCUCUCACACACACUCACACACACACACACACACACACACAGCAUUACAGAUAAUUUCAGUAAGGUCACACACAAUCUAAAGUUAUACACAUUUCCAACUUUCACAUACACACAACCAAAGCCACACACACACAACCAAAGCCAAAGAAAAGCUUACCAAACCACCAAGAAACCACACACACACACACAACCUUAGCUGAGUAUAAGCAUUUUCAGAAUAUACACUCUUAACUAAGCACCAACACACACACACACACACACAAACAAAGACAAUUUCCUGUGGUGCUAGUGUUGCAAAGUUCAUCUGUUUAUUUCAAACCCAAGGCACUUGAAUGUACUGCUUCAUAUGCGAACAGCUCUCACAUAAAUACCCCCCCCCCCCCACACACACACACACAAACUUACAACCUUACCUUGUUCCACUGCAGUUCUCAUUCUGGUCUUUUCAGAAUCCCUGGUCCUCGAGGUCGAAGGUCGCCUAAUGACUUUUGUCCUCUCUGAGCCUACCUAGCUGAACCCAUACAGGCAUUAAAGGUGCAGUCAGUUGCUUUUGUUGUGAAAACCUUGCAAUGCUUUUAGACCUACAAUAAUUCAUCUGAAGGAUAAGAGCUGAACAUUUUUUCCUGUUUCCUCUGUGCAGUUUUGAUACUUUGACUUUGACUGUUUUAUAUAUUUGUUGACAAUUUAGAAGCCCGAACAAGUUCACAGUAAGAGUGUAAAAGAGAGAGAGUAAGAGUCUAAGAGAGAGAGAGAGAGAGUGUAAAAGAGAGAGAGAGUAAGAGUGCAAAAGAGAGAGAGUAAGAGUGUAAAUUGCACACUAAUAUUUGGGAGUCACAUCAUCAAUUGUAAGUCCAGAAGCAUUUAAUUUUUUUUGACAGCAAAACUACAUACCGCACCUUUAACUCUAUACUACCAAAGGCUUUAUAGUGCCGUACCUAUUUUUGUUCUGUUCAAAAUGCAAACUACACGCUGUGAAUGGGUUGUUGACUCUUGUAUCUGUUGUACUAUAUUGUAUUCUAUGCACUGUUGUAUGCUUCAAACGUGUUACCGUCUGUGCCUUGGCAUUGUAAGAAAUGCAAAAAUGUAUUAUUUCCUUUUUUUUUAUGUUUUAAUUUGUAGACGAGAUUCCAGAUAAACUUUGGAAAGAAAAUUAAAAUGAGCUUUAUACUAGCUUUUCUUAUUUUUUCAUUAUGGAAUUGUUAAUCAAAUGUAUUCUUAUAUUAAUUUUAUAUUUGUGCUUUCUGAUGAAAUACAGUUUGUUGUUUUUUUUGAAUAAAAUGAAGCAUUGAAUGCUAUAUAACAA